AUGGUGCACGGGUGUGUCUCAAGGCUCAAGGCACCCGGUCUUGAACAUAUAUUGAAUCCCGAAACGUCGAGCUCUACGAUGUCUUUCUCAAAAGCCUUUUCGCCAGCGCUGCGAGAGCUCCGUAUUCUGUGCUCCCAGUCCGGUCAAGCGUCCGCUGGAACGCGGCAAUUCAUAAUCUCGAAAUACCCAGUUAUCAAGCAACACAAUCCUGACCUGCCUGUUCUCAUCCGGGAGGCUACAGGAACACCCGCACGAGUUUUCGCGAGAUUUGAGCACGGAUUAGAGAAACACGUCGAGCUCGAUAAUUUGUCGUCAACAGAAGUAGAGACCAGAGUCGCACAGCUCCUUUCAUAG